CCUGGUUUGCCCUGCCUUGCCUGCCUGGCCAGGCGAUGCCGGAGUCAUCGAUGGAGGCGGGCGCCCCAUCGGCGAGCUCUGGGCUCAGCAGGCCUGGGCUGCCGGGGCGACCCCAAGAUGGCGGCAGCAGCUUCGGCGGCGGCACCAGGACCAGGGGAGAGCGCGGCAAGAGUUGUGAGAGUGGCGGCAGCGGCCGGAGGCGCCGAGGAGGCUCCGGCGUGAGCGGCGCCUUCUUCCGCUGGGGCCAUGGCGCGGCGGCCGCGGGGCGCUGCUGGGCGGCCGUGAGGAUGUGCGAGAGCUAUUCGCGGUGGCUGCUGCGCGUGUCGGUGGCGCAGGUGUGCCAGGCGCUGGGCUGGGACUCGGUGCAGCUCUCCGCCUGCGACCUCCUCACCGACGUGCUCCAGCGCUACCUCCACUCCCUGGGCCGCGGCUGCCGGCGCUACUGCGAGCUCUAUGGCCGGACAGACCCAAUUUUGGAGGAUCCGCCGCCGCCUGAUUGCCUUCUGGGAGGAGGGGCGGCGUUCGAGCGAAGGAGCAGCGGGCUUGGCUCGCAGGCUGCAGCUCAGCUACAGCAGCGCCGUCUGCGCUGCCCGCCUUGUCUUCCAGCAGCCUCGUUCGCGGCGGAGGGAGAGGCCGCAGUACCAUCAACGCGGCACGGCGCGCCCUCCGUUGGCCGCUCCGGAAGAACAGGACCGAGAAGGAAGGAGGACGUCGAGGUGUUUUUCGGCCUCGAUGAGGAGAAGGAGCCACUGGGCGCGCCGGGAAGGCAGCGAGGAGUGGAGACAGGAGAGACAGGAGAGAGCUGUGGUGGAAACCCGGGAGCGGCAGGAGGCAAGAGACCCACCGGCUGCAGGCGAGCCGACCCCGCCUUGUGA